CACAACUUGCAGAAAAGUUCAGGAAAUAGUUCAGUGUAGUGACAUGCAGUAAUGCUCAUCUUAACAAGUCUCCUACUCAUUUCUGGUGUUUGUGUUGCUGUUGAUCUGACAAUAAAUGGCAGCGUGGGGGGGACAGUGGAGCUGCCUUCAGUCCUGGGGAGUUUGAAAGUGGAAGAUUUUAGAUUUGUGUGGUGGAUUUUUAAUGGAAAGAUAAGAGCUGAAAUAUCCAGUGGUCACAUAGAAGUAGAUAAUCAAGCUCAGUUCAAAGGACGACUGCAGCUGAGCCCUGACUUCAGUCUAACUGUGAGGGAGCUGAGACUGGAGGACAGUGGGGAGUAUCAGCGUGUAGGACUGAAGGAAGAUGGUUCACAGAUUCCCACAUAUAAAAUCCAGCUGCAAGUUAAUGAGUCCAUAACAACAGUACAGAUCCAGUCAGAACUCACCUGGCUCCCAGAGAUCCUCACCUGUGCAGCAUAUCUGGUGUGCAGCUCAACAGGUGACCCGAGACCCUCUUACACCUGGAAGAAAGGCAAGCAGAGGGAGAGCAGCUCCGAGCUGCGUUUCUUUCUUCUGCCAGAAGAGGGCGAUGUCAUUGCCAGCUGCACUGCAGCUAAUUCUGCCAGUGAGAAGACCAGCAAUGUUACAAUGAGGUGCAUCCCCACAGUGCCCCCUGUUGGCUUCUCACCGUGUCUGCUGAAGAUGGUGGUGUUCUCUGUGGGUCUGAUCAUCAUGGUGUCCGCUGUCAUCACUGUCCACCUCAGGGAGAGAUUCGACAGGCAAAGAGAGCAUGUCCAAGGGGCAGAGACAGAGGGAACUGCACCACCGGGUGGCAGACUAUAGGUGUUCUGUAUCUCUGUACACAGCAGCCUGUUUACCCCCAGCUUACACAACAUGGUAACAAUACUUCUAUUGGAAGGUCACUGUAAAUUGAAAAUAUUAAUUCAUAUCACAUCUCUUACAUUAUCGUUUAUUGGGUCAGUGGGUCCUAAAGAUUAGUCUCCUUUGGAUUCUCCUUACCCUACUUGUGUGAAGAGGGUCUCAUACAAAGUAAAUAUGUAGGGAUCCGCCCACUGGCCCAGUGGCAGAAUCCAAUUGGACAGCCGAAGGCGUUGAAUGCAUGUGGGUCCAUCCGAGCGCUCCUGUAAAGUUACUUACCCGUUUAGGAACAACCGAAUUAAAUCUAUUAAAGAUUUUUUCGAAUGUUUGAGUCAUGACAUUUCUGUUAUUCAGAUUAUUCCUGGGCUUUUCUUGCUAUUGCUGAACUCCUAUUUAUCCCGGACGGUGGAGUACACCGGAUUCACUUUGGCCAAUUGGGCGAUCUGCUACGUAGGACUCGUUUCAGAGGUUGGGGACCCAAACAGCACACACAUGCUGAAAUGACAUUGAUUCCAUAUCAGACAAACAGGUUGAAACAAUGUUAAUGUUCAAUGUUUCACUUUAUAUCAACAUUGAAUCAAG